AAAAAGCUAUAUUUAACUUCAAAGUUUCUAGGAUGCAUUUUUUGUUCCAAACAAAGUAAAAAAGCCUAAAAAUGUGGUUAAAGUCGUCUAAAAAGUGUGAAACUAAUUUUAUAUACAAAUAUGGUGUUUUGUAGUGUGUGUUAAUUGUAAAUAGGUCUUUUAUUAUUGUUGUGUCUUCUAUAUUGAUGUUGUAACCAAAAAGUCGCUUGACCAAAAUGGACGUAGUUAACGCUCAAAUCAAAUCGCAAAGUUCGAUUUGUAGCGAGUCUACGGGAGACGAAACGCCUGCAAUUAUUGCUCCUGUAGACAGACGGAUUUGUUUAGUGGGUGAUUUACAAAAUGAUGAUAAACUUCACACUGUGGCGGAAAGUUUUGGUGUACCUGUGGUCACUUCGAGUGAUGGUCGUGAAUAUGUCGAUGAAAAGUGUAGUACUGUAUUUGUAAUUAAACAAUUUCACGGAGAAAUUUACAAUGUGUUAUCGAAAUACAAACAGUGUUUAUUGGGGCCUCCUGCUUUACAACAACUGGCGAAAAAGAAGGAAGCUUUACCCGAAAACACUCGACCCCUCUAUAACUUGGCUAUGAGUGGGGUGGUUUCGUGUUUUACGGGGUUUAGGGUUAAGGAAGAACUUACAAAAAUCGUUCCUUUAAUCCAUCACAUGGGUGGCUCAAUAAGAAAAGAUGUUUCCCAAAAAGUUACACAUUUAAUAGCAAAUCAUGCAGGGGGGGAAAAAUACCACUAUGCUACAACAUUUAGGGUACCAAUAAUGAAUCUGAAUUGGGUUCACUCCAGUUGGGAAAAAAAGGAUGAUUUGGAUUUUAGUGCCUCGCAAGAUACAUUUAUUAUGGAUUAUAAAUUGAAGCCUUUCCAUGGAGCCAAAGUGUGUUUCUUCGGUUUUCCAGAAGAUGAAGAAAAACAUAUGACUGAAAUUCUUGUUGGGAAUGGAGGCACACCCACCACCAUUGAUGAUCCAGGUUGCACCCAUGUGGUAAUGGAGCAUUCCGAAGUCUACACACUGGAGCCGGCCAGUGGACCAUUUUCCCCCAAGAUAACCUCCCCCGAAAACGUGACACCGCCUCCCACUCCUCAACAACCGUCAUCCGCCCAAAAAACCAAUCCCCACACUCCCAGUUACCAGUUAAACAACUGUUGCAUAACCUCGAUGUUUUCGAACAAAGCGAAUCAAACCGUAUCGUGUUUGGAAACGUUGCGGGAAACGUCGCAAGACGAAAUUUCCGAAAUUUCGUUCGACGUGGGACACAGAAAGCGCAAGUUCAUUUCGCCGGAUGAACCGGGUGCGAAACGCAAACGAGACAAAUGUUACAGCGAGAAAAAGAAAAAAGUGUCGGAGUUUUUCAAAACCCCCAUCAACUACUUUUCGAAUAGACGGCGGACAAUUGACGCGACUAGUUUUAGUAACAGUAUGAACGAGAGCGUUCUCUCCACUUCCGGCCUUUUCAAUGUGGAAACCGUUUCGAACCUAAGCUGCUGCAACGACGACACGCCGCGCGGUACUCAAAAGCGCGCCAAGAAAAACCUGUUCACUCGCACGUUUAGCUCGUCGAAAUUUUUGCGGUCCAAGUCGAAAAAGGGCGACUUGAACGCCACGCGACUGUCGUUUAGCGAGGCUGCCGAACCCGAUGGCCCCGACAAAAUGAACGCGAGUUGUUUUCCGGACUUUUCCAUCAACCAAUCCAUCCGACAAUCCCGUUCCGAAAUUAAAAUUGACGUUCUAAAGGCCAACAAAGGACCCCCUGCAUCAUCGGUGGUGGACGAAUCGUCGCGCAACGACAAGCAGCAACCGGAAGCAGCGAAUAAGGCGCAUGUGGUGAAAGCAGAAUGGUUCUGGACCUCCGUGCAAAAGGAAGUCAGUCUGGAGGAGAAGGAGUACACUUUGCAGGAACCUCCGGACAACGUGUUGUCGCCCAACGCGCGUCGCGACAGUCACCUGGCGACGCCGGGCAGCCAGAGCCGCCGGAAGCGGAAACGACUGCAGAACGAGAUCAUCUCGUCUCUGGCGCACCAGUCGCCCAGCGUGCACAAGAGGAGGUCGUCGGUGAGCGAUGCCGGCCUCCUGUCCGUCUCGAACUCCUUCCUGGACUACACGCAGAGUCCCGAAGGCAAAGCCAACGAUGGCUGCGUCGCGACGGCGGACAGUCCGAAGAAACAGGUGACGGCCAGGCACCAAGUGUUCUUGGAACUGGUGCAGACCGAAAAGAACUACGUCGAGAUUUUGGAAGUGAUAUUAAACCUAUUUAAAAGAGAGUUGGAAGAGCAAGACGACAAACUGAUAAACUCCACGGAGAUGAACCUGAUAUUCGGCAAACUGCCGCCGAUCUACGAGGCGCAUUCCCUCAUGCUCAAAGAGUUCGAGUUCUAUAAGAACUCGUGGACGGAGGACGCGAAAAUCGGCGACACGAUUUGCAAGCACAAGGACAAGUUGCAGAGCGCUUAUCCGCACUUCAUCAAUUACUUCGAAGAGAUGAAGGAGACGAUAAUGCGUUGCGACACGAAGUACCCGCGUUUCCACGCUUUCCUCAAGGCAAAGCUGACGAAGCAGGAGUGCGGCAGACAGACGUUGCCAGAACUGAUGAUCAGACCCGUUCAACGCUUGGGCAGCAUCAGUUUACUCUUACAUGACAUUUUAAAACACACUCCGAAAACAAAUCCUGACUACGCGUCGUUGGAGCUAGCAAUGACAAUGAUAAGAGAAGUGAUGACCAACAUAAACGAGGACAAGAGAAAAGCCGAAUGUCAGGUGAAGAUUUUCACGAUAUUCAACGAAAUCGACAACUGCCCUCCGGAAAUCGUGUCGUCUCACCGGCAUUUCAUCGCGAAAACGGACGUGACGCAGCUGAACUCUUCGGAGGGCCUGUCGAGCAAAGGCUCCAACCUGGUGUUGUUCCUCUUUUCCGAUCGCCUCGAGGUGUGCAAGAAGAAAUCGAAAGCGUUCAACAGCUUGAAGAGCCCGGGCGUAGGGGGCGGCGGCGCGCAGAGCAAGUACAAGCACGUCAAGCUGAUGACGUUGAACGCGAUCAAGCGCGUCAUCGACGUCGCAGAGUCGGACGAGUGCGUGAACGUGUUCAGUCUCGUUUGCCGGCACAACGACGAGAUCAAGGAGCGCCUAUACUCGUUCCAGGUGGUCGCCAACGACGAGCCGGAGGGGAGGGACGCGCCGAAAACCUUGGAGAAGGGGGAGUUUCUGAGGACGUUGUCGAGGCAGAUGGCGAAUAAUUCCUGCACGGCCGAUGCUGACAAGUUCCUCGCGUAUCUGGAACCUAGUCAGCUCGACAUCGACACCGACAUCUCGAACGGCACGUUAUCGAAAGCGAGAGCUUUUGCAACGCGCACGCGCCUGAAAGUCGGUCGCGCCUUCUCCUUCAACAAGACGCCGUCGAAGCUGAAGCGCGCCGUUUCUUCGAUGAUGUCGCCAUUCGGCAGCUCCACCAACCUGACGCCGGCCUCGCAGCUCGCCCAGAUGAAGCUGCAAAGCUACACUAACAUAAACGAAUUAGGGAAUACAGAAAAUGAGGAUGAAUCUCCGCCAGUGGCGCCCAUGUCGGUACAACCAACAAGAAAAAUGAAAGCUGGUUCGUUAGGAGUGAACUCCUUGAAAAGAUUAUAAUAGUUUUUUAUUUAUAAGGUUUACCUUUUAAUGAUAUAUUUUAUUGAUCAGAUAUAUUUGUACAGAUAUAAGUAUAUUAAUAUAAGAAUGAACAUUUUCAUCAUCUUUUAUUUCGA